UACAUGCACUAAAUACAGCAACAUCACAGCCCACCAAAUCCAUUAUUGCCAGUGUAGCUCCCCAGUCUCUAUAAGUCCACCACACUUCCACACCCAUUUCAUCAAACUUCAAUCUUUCGGUGCAUGAGCUUACAGAACAAGAAUCUUGGAUCAAGAUGAGUAUGUAUGGUAGAGAUCCGUGGGGAGGGUCGCUGGAGAUCGCGGCUGACUCCGCCACCGACGACGACAGGAGUAGGAACCUGCAGGACUACGACAGGGCGGCGCUGUCUCGGCCGCUGGACGAGACGCAGCAGAGCUGGCUGCUCGGCCCCGGGGAGCAGAAGAAGAAGAAGUAUGUGGAUCUGGGCUGCAUUAUUGUCAGCAGAAAGAUCUUUGUCUGGACUGUGGGGACUAUUCUGGCUGCCGGGUUCUUGGCGGGGUUUGUUACAUUGAUCGUUAAGACGGUGCCACGCCACCACCACCGCCCGCCGCCACCGGAUAAUUAUACUCUGGCGCUGAACAAGGCCCUCAUGUUCUUCAAUGCGCAGCGCUCUGGAAAACUACCAAAACACAAUAACGUCUCAUGGAGGGGAAACUCAUGUUUAAAUGACGGGAAGUCUGAUUCUUCAACUCUGUUUAAAGAUCUGACUGGUGGCUAUUACGAUGCCGGAGAUGCAAUCAAGUUCAACUUCCCACAAUCUUUUGCCAUGACUAUGUUGAGUUGGAGCGUUAUAGAAUAUAGUGCAAAGUAUGAAGCAGCUGGAGAGCUUAACCAUGUCAAAGAUAUUAUCAAGUGGGGUACUGAUUACUUCCUCAAGACGUUCAAUUCCACUGCUGAUACGAUAGAUCGAAUUGUGGCCCAGGUCGGCAAAGGGGAUACCACAGGAGGGUCUGACCCCAAUGACCACUACUGUUGGAUGCGGCCGGAGGACAUUGAUUAUGAUAGACCUGUUACUGAAUGUCAUAGUUGUUCAGAUCUUGCUGCUGAGAUGGCUGCUGCUUUGGCUUCUGCAUCAAUUGUUUUCAAGGACAACAAGGUCUAUUCACAAAAGCUUGUACAUGGUGCCAAGACUCUCUUUAAAUUUUCUAGGGAUCAGCGUGGCAGAUACAGUUCGGGUAAUGAGGCUGCAAUUUUCUAUAAUUCCACGAGUUAUUGGGAUGAGUUUGUGUGGGGUGCAACUUGGCUUUAUUAUGCUACGGGGAAUUCUAGCUACCUUCAGCUGGCUACAACUCCUGGUCUUGCCAAACAUGCCGGUGCUUUUUGGGGAGGCCCUUACUAUGGUGUACUAAGCUGGGACAAUAAGCUUGCUGGAGCUCAAGUGCUCCUGAGUCGUCUAAGAUUAUUCCUCAGUCCUGGCUAUCCUUACGAAGAAAUAUUGACUACAUUUCACAACCAGACCAGCAUAUUCAUGUGCUCGUUCCUACCAUACUAUACAUCAUUUAACCGAACAAGAGGAGGCAUGAUCCAGUUGAAUCACGGAGCACCUCAGCCUCUUCAGUAUGUAGUCAAUGCAGCUUUCCUGGCUACGCUGUUUAGUGAUUACAUGAAAGCUGCCGACACACCUGGGUGGUACUGUGGGCCCCAUUUCUACUCGGCCGAUGUCCUCCGUGAAUUUGCACAGACUCAGAUGAAUUACAUCCUCGGUAAAAAUCCUAGAAAGAUGAGUUAUGUCGUCGGUUUUGGUAAUCACUACCCAAAACGUGUCCACCAUCGAGGUGCAUCGGUUCCUAAGAACAAGGUCAAGUAUAACUGCAAGGGAGGAUGGAAGUGGAGGGACACAUCAAAGCCAAAUCCCAACACUAUUGUUGGAGCCAUGGUUGCUGGCCCCGACAGGCACGAUGGUUUCCACGAUGUGCGUACAAACUACAACUACACAGAACCCACUCUUGCCGGCAACGCUGGGCUUGUUGCGGCUCUUGUUGCUCUAUCUGGCGACACAAGCAUGACGAUUGACAAGAACACAAUCUUCUCAGCCGUACCGCCCAUGUUCCCUACGCCACCACCUCCACCAGCUCCUUGGAAGCCAUGAGUCUACUUCCGGCAUUUUCUUUCGGCCGUCUAACCAUGGAGAGAUUAUAUAUAAUGUAUUGGUCAAUCUUGAAAAGAUCCUGAGAAACGACGAAUGCCAGGAGUGGUUGCAGUUAGAGCUCCGGCCGGCACCGGUCAACUGGCUUGGAAGCAAGUGACUGGGGACAACCCCAUAUUUUUUCCCCAAAAAUUAUGGUAUAUUGUUUAUGCAUGUAUGUAAUGUACCAAGCCAACAUUAUAUUCUUUGGACAAUACAGUUUGUAAAUGAGCUGCCAACUUGUUUCAAAAUAAGCUUUCCUCAUAAAGAAGAAUGUAACUUUACAUUGUAUGUCA